GGGGCGGGGCGGGGAUCCGGCGCCGCCGAGCGAGAGGCUGCAGGCGCGGAGCGGCCGCGCGUGUCCCCGGAGCCCCUCGGCAGCCGGCGGGCUGCGGCCGCCCGGUCCUCAUGGAUAAGUACAAAGCUCUUGAGCAGCUGCUCACAGAACUUGAAGAUUUUCUGAGGAUACUGGACAAGGAGAACCUGAGCAGCACGGCUGUCGUGAAAAAGAGUUUCCUCUCUGACCUUCUGCGGGUGUACACCAAGUCCAGCGGUGGUGAUGAGGAAUAUAUUUACAUGAACAAAGUGACCAUCAAUAAGCAGCAGGGUGACCACGAGAAACAAGACGAAGUGCUGGACCGGAGAGACUCUUUGACCAAUGGAGACUUAGGAUUGCAUUCGUCCCCUCCUCAGAAGAGCCUGCCAGACCUUCCCCCUCCAAAGAUUCCUGAAACAAAACAGCCUUUGGUCCUCAAGAUCGAAUCCCCAGAAGGAUAUUAUGAAGAGGCUGAGCCAUAUGACGUCUCUGUAAAUGGUCUUUUUGGUAGGACGGCUGCGGCUGGACCAAAGCCAGGGUUGCAGGUUACUGAGGGAGUUAUUUAUGCCACAAUAACGAUGGAAGAUGGUGAAGCUGUUAGUAGCUCAUAUGAAUCUUAUGAUGAAGAAGAGAGCAGCAAAGGCAAGUCAGCCACCCAUCAAUGGCCAUCCACUGAGGCUACCAUUGAGCUGAUGAAGGAUGCCCGCAUCUGUGCAUUCCUGUGGAGGAAGAAGUGGCUGGGACAGUGGGCAAAACAGCUGUGUGUUAUCAAGGACACCAGGUUGCUGUGCUACAAGAGCUCCAAAGACCACAGCCCUCAACUUGAUGUGAAUUUGCUGGGCUGCACUGUCAUUCACAAGGAAAAGCAAGUGAAGAAGAAAGAGCACAAGCUGAAGAUCGUCCCCAUGAACGCUGACGUCAUUGUGCUGGGGCUGCAGAGUAAAGACCAGGCAGAGCAGUGGCUCAGGGUAAUCCAGGAGACCAGUGGUCUCCAGUCUGAAGGAGGCAGUGAAGGCAACCAGUACAUUCCAGAUUCGCAGCGUCUUCAUUACCCAAAGGUAGAGCUAUCCGAGAGAUAUUCUGCAGCCUCAGAGAGUGGGAGCAGCACAGAUGGCCACCCAGAGACGACUGAAGCAAAAGAUGUUAAGAAGAAAGGCACAACUGGCCUAAAACUAAGCAACCUGAUGAACCUUGGGAGGAAAAAAUCUAGCUCCAUGGACAGCCCAGAGAGAUCUCUGGAGACUUCAAGUUACCUGAAUGUGCUAGUGAACAGUCAGUGGAAGUCCCGCUGGUGUCAGAUAAAAGAUGGUCACCUCCAUUUCUACCAGGAUAAGAACCGAAGUAAACUGGCUCAGCAGCCCCUGAGUUUGGCGGGUUGUGAAAUUAUCCCAGAGCCAAUCCCAGAUCAUCUCUAUUCCUUCCAUAUCCUGCACAGCGGGGAAGAACGGGUCACUCUGGAGGCCAAGUCCUCGGAGGAAAUGGGCCAUUGGCUGGGCCUUCUCUUAUCGGAGUCAGGUUCAAAAACAGACCCAGAGGAAUUUACCUACGAUUACGUGGAUGCUGAUAGGGUUUCCUGCAUUGUAAGCGCUGCGAAGAAUUCCUUCUUCUUAAUGCAGAGGAAGUACUCUGAGCCCAACACGUAUAUGGACAACCUGCCGAAAGGGAGGAUUCAGCAGGAGGAACUGUAUGAUGAUGUGGAUCUGCCAGAUGUGCCUGUGGAAGAAGUACCCAAGAGUGAAAACAAAUUUGAAGGGGACCAUGACAGAGUGUACCUGGAUCUCACCCCAGUGAAAUCAUUCCUACACUGUGCUGGCAAGCAGUCAUGCCAGCCUUCACCUCUAAGCUCUCCAUCUUUAGAACGGGCUGACAACAAGGGCUUAGCAGAUACUGUAACUGAAACAGCCCUUGUGGCUAAGGAAGCUGAACCCUCUAGAAAGACAGUGGAAAUCUUGGAGCAGAAAUACUCAGAGAAGCCGGAGCCUGAAGAAUUGCCACCAAGGACAUCCACCAUCAAAAUCCAGACCCAGCAGCAGAAGAUUGCCUUUCCACAGACAGGCCCUGAGAUCACGGCCUGCACCACGGUGGUGGGCAGCCCGCAGCUGAUGCCUGCACACAGGGACAGGCUGGAGCGGCCCAAGCAGGCGCUGCCCACGGCAGCAGUGGAAACCAAGCUGGGCAAGAACAGGACGGAGGCUGAGGUGAAGCGAUUUACAGAGGAGAAGGAGCGGCUGGAGAAAGAGAAGGAUGAAAUCCGGGCUCAGCUCACCCAGCUGCGGAAGGAGAGGCGGGAGCUGAAGGAAAUGUUAGCUGGUUGCACAGAUAAGAGCCUCGAGCAGAGGCUGAAGGAGAUAGAAGAAGAGUGCAAAAAGAAGGAGAGCAGGAGGGUCGACCUGGAGCUGAGCCUGGUGGAAGUGAAGGAGAACCUGAAGAAAGCAGAGUCUGGCCCUGUGACACUGGGCACCACUGUGGACACCACGCACCUGGAGAAUGCAGCCCCCAAGAUUCAGGUGAAAACCACCAGUCCGGCAAAUAGUGCAGAGAGCUCGCCAGUCAAUUCAGCGACAGCUUUAAAAAACAGACCUUUAUCUGUCAUGGUAACAGGAAAGGGGACAGUUCUACAGAAAGCUAAGGAAUGGGAGAAAAAAGGAGCUAGUUAGAACUACAUUUUUCAGCGAUGGACUAAAGACUGGAAUUGCCCAUGCAUGGAAGGAGAAUUCAAUCAUCUGGAGAUAGAGGUUGGAUGUGAAACACAAUCGCACACCUAGCACCUCCUCUAUGUCAUGUCAACUGCUCAGAUGCAACAGUGGAGCUAACAGCUGCCAAUACAAAUGAUCAAUCAAGUGAUCCUGCUCUUCCCACACAAGUCCCAUCAUGUAGCUAAAAGAAUAACAACUAGUGGCAAUCCUUGCAUCAAAUUUCUAACCCAGUUGAUGUAAACAAGAAUGUUAUUGUACAUAGGGAUGUUUUGUGUAUUUCUACUCUGAAGAUUUAUCAAUGAGUUAUUAAGGUUUCUAUAUUAGUGACAGUAGUGGAUUCAGAACAGGCCUCUGCUAUUCUUUAUACCCCAGUGGUUUUCAAUCUGUCAUAGUAAAUUACAGUCCAGUAAAGUCUCACCUGUCUUCCUGCCUGUCAUCAUACAGCUGCAGAUGAUCCAGCCUUCAAUCAAAGGCAGGCAGGAGAAACUCAGACUGGAGCGAUGGUUGAAACACAAAUGAGAAGCACACAGCAAUGUGUCCAGUGGGGAGACUCCUCUCAAUUAACAGUGGGAAGCUAUACAUACAGAUGAAGCAGAUAUUUUUAAUCAGUGACCAGAUGCUUCAUACCAUGUACUUAUUCCUACAAGGCUAUCAGUCUGCUGCAAGGUUUGAUCUUCCAGAAUAUCAAGAAAGAUCCCUGCUCACUUUCUAGCUCUGUAGGAUGUGUUACAGUCUGCUGGCACUAAGAGCUCUGGACAAAGGAAGAUCUCCCAAACAGAUUCAGUUAAUUUUCUUGAAGAUACUGAGCUACUUCACCUAAGGAACUUAUUCUGAAGAUCGCAUAUGAAGGCUUGUUGCUAAAUUGUCAGUGGCCUAGGCCUGCCCACCUUUCAGAUGAGGAAGCUGCAUCCUGAUGCACUCUUUCCAAGGAGAGGAAGAAAAAAGCUGUCCUCAGGCUCUUCCUCAGGCUCUGAACACUGCUUUGCUGAUGCUGACCUCUGCUCCCCCCCACAGCCAUGGCAGGCCAGCUUGACCCAGCCACAGCUGCGGUCUCUCUCAUGGACUCGUCCCCAGCCUGGCACGGCCCUCUCCUGUGCACACUAGCCCACUGAACCUUGGGCCAUGGCCUUUGCUGGUCCAUGGCUGAAGGUGCUCUGUGCACCUGGAGGCCUCAAGGAUCCUGAUUUGACUUCUUGUCACAGGCAACAUCAGGAGGGCUCAUGGCCCUAUACAGUCUGCUGCAUGUGUCCAAUGUGAAAGGGGCCCUUCGGAAGCAGUGGUCUGGCCAAGGGCUGGGCUCAGAGGGGUGUAGGACCUGUUCUCCCCAGGGACUGGCUGGAGAGUUUGCACUGCCACAUCUCUGGCUGGGCCACAGGCAGCCUUGGUGCUGUGGUAAUGCUGGUUCAGCAGCAGUUGUGACGAAGUCCUGGAGGGUUGUGAUCCUUAUAUCCAAAUUAUUAAAUAAAAUAUAACCUUUAAGCCCAACACUAUGGCCUGCAAAGCCCAGCCCUCUGCUCCGUGGCCAAGCUUUCUAAUGACAGAUGUUGGACAUCUGGCCUCCUAAACUUAGAGACAGUGAAAUAGAAAAGAGUGGGUCAGAAAUCCAUGCACCUGCUUCCUUCUCCUCCCUGGGACUUGCUGUCACAUCUCAUGGCCUCUGAUGUUCCUUCAGACCUGGAGUCCAGGCUCAGUAACUGAGUUCAUCCUGGCGGGGGGGGGUCUGCAGCUGGUUUCUGGCCCUGCAGAGGCUAGAGCAGCAAAGGUAACCUGACUGGGAUAUGUGAAUUGUUCCAGGGGCCCUGUGGAUACACCGAUGAGCAGUACCUAGAGCCAGGAUAAGAACAGACAGGGAAAAAUGCUAUAGCUUCCUAACCCAGAUUGCUCCUCCCAGGGCACUUCCCCACUUGUAACCACAUGGCAGUCAGUUCUGCAGUGCUCUGCACUGCUCAGCAAAGGGAAAGGCUCUGCUAGACCCAUUUGGUCUGUAUGUUUUUAAAGUGCCUGAAAACCUUUGAAAGGCCUGACACAUGAGCCAUGUCUGAAGGGAUGGUCCUUCUUCUAAAGGACAGGAAUUAGGUACAAAAGCCCAAAGCAGGGCAGGCCUGUGCCUCCAGGAACCACUGUGGAGGUGGCUCUCAGGGGAGUGAGGAUGUUCUGUGGAGAGGCUCUGGGCUUACGCGACUUGGUCAGAGUAUCCCAGAGGUGAGAAAGGUGACCUCCCUCCCAUUUUGAAAGUCUCUGCUGAAGCACAGACUGAGUAACAUGCUAAUGCUAAUCCCAAGUAUCAGAAGGAGUUCAUAGGCCCCAGCUGUCAAGCCUGUCCCUAUGUACGGUCUGCAUAGGGGAAAAGCUCUUGCACAAAACCACUGAGCCUUCCGGCUCAGGACCCAAGGAACUUUACUCUCUGAACCACAAGGAAGCCACAGGCACCAUGAAGCUUUUGUUUUGACGCAUAAUGAGCUGGCAGGAGAGCCUCUCUCUACCCUAAAUAUCCUUAGUACCAUAUCCUCACCAUACAAUCCCUGGCAGCUGUCCUCUGGCAGCAGUUGUCCAGACAUUUCACGGUGGUUUCUGUCACUGUCAAGAAGAGAGCUGCUCUGCUUUCCACUCAACAGGCUGCUCAACAUCAGUGGUCCUGCUGGGAUAUCACCAUCAGGGAAUAGUAAACACAGACAAGUCCUGAACAAUACACUUACCCAAGACAAGAAACGUUAAACAAUGUCUCUGUGUCCCCAUUGUUGUCCUAACUCAAGGCAUUUCCUUUGUUGUAACUGUGACCUAUAAAGUGGCUCUUUAGAGAGUUUUAUAAUAAAAUGUUGAGAUAUUA